CUCCCUCCUUCCCUCCCCGCUCCCCUCCUCCCCUAGUGCCAGGCGCCUGUGAGUCAGCAGUAUGGAGGCAGCGAGCGAGAUCACGCUGUUGGAGGGGGGCACGCCACUUGGGGGGGCUGUGCCACCGGGACCGCUGGGUGCCACUGGGAGCCACCCCGCACCCGACAGGGGCAAACUUUCCUGUAUUCUGUCCCAAGAGGAGGCCGCCCUGCCGGAGCAUUCCGGGAACAUCCAUCCUCGGCAGAGGCCUGACUGGGAGGAGGCCAUCAGCACCAUGGCACGUGGAGCCGGGGUCCCCGAGGUCACCGCUGAGCCCACCACGCGUGGCGGUGUCAGCACUGCCAGCAUGAAAGUCAAGACUGUACGAAAGUUGUCUUUCACCAGGGGCCACUUCCCCAAGCUGGCUGAAUGUGCUCACUUCCACUAUGAGAAUGUGGACUUUGGAAGUGUUCAGCUGGCUCUGGCAGAAGAGCGCGCCGAAGUGCCGCACAAUGGCUUUGAGCUGCAGGAGCUCGUGUACCUGGUCCACGUGGGAUGCCAGGGAAACAGCUGGAUAGUCCGGCGCAGCUACGAAGACUUCCGUGUCCUGGACAAGCACCUACACCUGUGCAUCUUUGACCGCCGAUUCUCCCAGCUGCUGGAGCUGCCCCGCUUUGACAGCCUGAAGGAGCAGCCAGAGGCGGUGUCCCAGAUGCUGACGGAGUAUCUGUCCCGCCUGACGGCGAUCGCGGACAACAAGAUAAACUGUGGCCCUGUUCUCACCUGGAUGGAGAUUGAUAACAAGGGGAACCACCUGCUAGUACAUGAAGAGUCCUCCAUUAACGUUCCCGCCAUUGCUGCCGCGCACGUCGUCAAGCGCUAUAACGCCCAGGCGGCCGACGAGCUGUCCUUCGAGGUGGGCGACAUUGUGUCUGUCAUCGACAUGCCCCCGAAGGACGACACCAGCUGGUGGCGAGGGAAGCACGGAUUCCAGGUGGGCUUCUUCCCCAGUGAAUGUGUGGAGCUGAUAAAUGACAAGGUGCCGCAGUCUGUCACCAACGCUGUGCCAAAACCAGUGUCUAAGAAGCACGGGAAGUUGAUCACAUUCCUGCGCAGCUUUGUGAAGUCACGGCCCAGCAAACAGAAGCUGAAGCAGCGUGGGAUCCUCCGGGAGCGAGUGUUCGGCUGUGAUCUCGGGGAGCACCUCCUCAACUCGGGCCAGGAGGUUCCCCAGGUACUCAAGAGUUGCACAGAGUUCAUUGAGAAGCACGGAGUGGUGGAUGGGAUAUACCGCUUAUCUGGGAUUGCAUCCAACAUUGAGAAGCUGCGGCACGAGUUUGACUCGGAGCAGAUCCCAAACCUGACCAAGGAUGUGUAUCUCCAGGACAUCCACUGCGUGGGCUCCCUGUGCAAGCUCUACUUCCGCGAGCUGCCCAACCCGCUGCUCACCUACCAGCUCUACCACAAGUUUGCUGAGGCUGUGUCUGCUGCUACAGACGAGGAACGCCUGAUUAAAAUCCACGAUGCCAUUCAGCAGCUGCCUCCUCCGCACUACAGAACUCUUGAGUUCCUCAUGAGACACUUGGCCAGUUUGGCCACAUUCAGCUCUGUCACAAACAUGCAUGCGAAAAACCUGGCUAUCGUCUGGGCCCCUAACUUGCUCAGGUCCAAGCAGAUCGAAUCAGCGUGCUUCAGUGGCACAGCAGCGUUCAUGGAGGUGCGCAUCCAGUCGGUGGUUGUGGAGUUUAUCCUCAACCACGUGGAUGUGCUCUUCAGCUCCAAGCUCAGCUCUCUCAUCAGGGAAGGAGGUCACGGUUCCUUGUCCCGACCCAAGUCCCUGCUAGUUUCGUCUCCGUCCAGCAAGCUCUUGACACUGGAAGAGGCCCAGGCUCGAACCCAGGUCCAGAUGAGCUCCCCUGACUUGGGGGACAACAAGUACAUUGAGGUGGGCGAGGGGCCUGCGGCGCUACAGGGCAAGUUCCACACUGUCAUUGAGUUUCCAACAGAGAGGAAGAGGUCCUCCAGUAAGAUAAAGAAGUCCCCGGUUGGUGGCUGGCGUGCCUUCUUCAGUCUGGGCAAGUCAUCGCACAUGGGCAGGCGCAAGCUGCAGCGCAAUCCCAGCGUGCCCAGCCAGCUGAAGAUGCUGGCGUUUACUGGUGGUAGAGGAGACACCGGGUCCCUGCGUUCCGCCAAAAGCGAGGAGUCUCUCACAUCGCUUCACAAUGAGAAGGGUAAGUCAACAGCAUACCGGUCACGAAGGCCUCGUUCGAGCAGCGAAGCUCCAUCCCCUCCAGUCAAAGCAAACGUGUUGGAUGCUGCUCCCCAAGGACCGAGUGACAAGGACGAGGGCCCCAUCAUGGUGCCUGCCCUCAUCUCUCCACCCUUUUCCACUGAUGAUGUUGAACUGAGCCUGCUCGACAGUGACAUGGCCUCCUUGGACUUCGACCCCAUGUCCUUCCAGUGCAGCCUGGUCACCACUGAGGUUGAGGGGGACACCUGCAGUGUUAGCGGAUCAAAACCACCCUCACCUUCGCGAUUUGGGGACACCACGCCCCCCUUAUCCUUGGACUGUAGCCCAGCCCUAGGUAAGAAGGAUUCAGGGCGGAAGCAGAAGCAGGAGCUGUCGGAAGCCCUUCCUUCGCAAGGGGCCCACAUGUCGUCCGGGUCUUUCCCUGAGUGCGUGUCAGAGUCCAUAACAGCAUCCCAAUUGAAUCAGGCCUCUGAGAGCAUGGUGCCCUCGUUACCUUCCACGACCACUGCCCAGUCUGCCAUGGUCUUCAGCAGUGUGCCACUGAGUGAGGGCGGUGAGCGCUCACUGCCCAACAGGCAGUCCUACAACGCCGGCGCCGAGAAUAGAGGCCCAGCCCCCACUGACCCACCCGCCUGCAGCCAGAGUCAACCACUCACCUGCAGCCAGAACCACUCGCUAACCUGCAGCCAGACCAACCCACCCCCCUGCUGGCAGAACCGACCAGGAGAUGUAGCUCUGGAUCCCCCACAGGGCCCCGCCCAUGUUGGUUCCAUGUCUCUCCUCCCUCCCCCACCCCCUCCAAAGAGUGCAGCCCGCAUGCUGGCCCUGGCCUUGGCCCAGUCCGCUUCAGUCUUGUCCCAGAGCCAGCCAUCCGAGCCCCCCACGCCUGCGUCAACACUCCGACCACACAGACCACCUGACACCCACCAGUGGUCGACUCCUCCCUACCUUCAGCCUCAGGGAUGCCCUGAGGUGGCGGACAGAAACAUGCCCUCAAUCUCAGCCACCUCAUCCUCGAGCCCAGACACUGCAGUCGGAAAGUGCCAGUCUUUGAUAGUCAGUCUACAGUUCACUACAGCCAAAGGCACCAAGUUACCUUCAGGAGGCUCAGGUGCCCACAUUAUCUCAUCACCUUCUAGCCAGUGUUUCAACCCAACAGCUCAAGUUCCAUUGUCACAGAGCAAACUGGAGAGCAACCAUGUGGGAAUGAGUCGAGUUCUAGCAGUUGAUCAAAACUCUGCAGUAAGACAAGUUUCUUCUGUGGGUCAGGAAUCUUCAAUAAACCUUGUGCCUACACUUGGUCAAGUCUUUGCGGUAUCUAAAGAACCCGAAAUAGGUCAGAGCUUUGCUGCAGGAAAAGACCUUGCAAUGGGUUCAGCCUCUAUAGUUACGCAAAUCCCGAAAAUGUUGAAAGAACCUAAGAUGGGGAAAGCUGCUGCAGUUGGGAAUGAACACAUAGCAGGCAAAGAACAUGUAGUGGGCUUAGCCCCUGCAGUCAGCCAACAACAUGCCAUUAGACAAAUGUCUGCAGCUGGCCAAGAAGCUACAAUCCCUGAAGAGGAGGAAGAGCCUGUGACGGGUCAAACCACUGCUACUAGAAAAGAACAUACAGUGGGCUUUGUCCCUGCAGUUAGUAAAGAACUAGGGCAAAUUCCUAUAGUGCGUCAGGUUGCUGUGAUGGAUCAAGUUCCUGCAAAGAGCUCUAGCUUCAAAAAUGAUGCAGGAGACACGCAUCAACAAGACCCAGAGAUGCUGCUGAGUAAAAGCAGCUUGUCUCCCGUGAUCCAAAAACUUGAGGACCAAAUAGCAACGGUGACGCAGCCUCAACCAAGAGUUUCCUCUGUUCCACCUUUGGAAAAGGCCUGGGAAACCAUAAAGCCCAUUCCUCCACAAGCUAAGCCAGUUUCUAUCCAGCACAUGUGUGGUACUGUGCCCGUGGAUCCACCAGUCUGUUUUGUUGGGAAUAGCAGAACUGCUGUCGUAGUCUCCGGCACAGAGACGUCCAGUGCUUCUGAGAUUUACCCUUCUGUGCCUCAGAGGCCUGUAUCAACUGCAGCAGAGGGGGCUUUUCUCCAAUAUAUUCAGCCCCCAUGUAAUCCUCCUUCCCUCCAUUACCCUCUGGAAUCUCAUGAGGAGGCAUAUUACUACCAGCGACCUAAUAUGACUGGGCACUGUACAACAGCUUAUCAGGUGCAACCUGAGAGUGUGGCCUCACACCUGUCCUUUGGUUCUAAGUGUGAUGUCAACAUGUCUUAUAGCAAGCAAUCCCAUAGCCACUGCAACACACUGGUCCCCAGGGCUUUCCACCAGUCCAUCAAGACUCGGGAACCACAGAACGAGUACUCCUCCGUGAGGCACCUAGAUUUGUCCAGUCCGGGACACAGGGUCGUGGAUGGGAUGUCUCUUUACCCCACCAUCAGCCGAGCUCACUCGCUGAAUGCUCCCCCCACAGCCCGCUGCUCAGUGCCAACCUCACAGACAGAAGUCCCCGCAGAGAAGGAGCUGUCAUACUGUCAGCGACCAGUCUACCCAUACUGGUGUUACCAGCAGCCCUUUCAGGCAAAGUAUCACAUCACUCGGCUUCAGCCAUACUUUGAGAAUGGAAAAGUUCAGUAUCGCUACAGUCCUUACUCAAGCGCCAACUCUCUGGAUGCCCCAACCUACAACAUGGGUCCGUGCAAGACAGGCAAUCUGCGCAACAUUUACUCCUUCAACAGCCGAAACCUGGCACCGCACCUCAGUAGGGUCGGGGGCAAGACCUUAGGCUACCUGUCACGCCACGCCUUGCCUGUCAGCAGAGAGCACAGCUUUGUGAGUAGAGAUAUGCCACCUUUGCUUGACACAAGAGUGCCUGCAACCUGUCUCGCCUGGGACCCUAAGGAAUGCUACAGUCUAUACAGUCACUCUAUUAGACGUGAGAACAAAGUCGGGCAGAAGGCUAAAAACCAUUUGGUGUUAGAGUAUAGCAAUGUACAGGUUCCUCUGCAUCACGAUCUGGGGGACCCGGACGUCAUCCAGCAGUGCAGCAAACUGGAUCCUGAAAAGCCGGCAAUCAUCAAUGUUCCUUCAAGGCAGGUGACUUCUGACCCAGAACUCCUUACAUACAUGGAGCUGGAGAAACACUUUAAGGAAAAUGUGCCGGGUGAAAAGGCCUCACAGACAAAAACAUGUAGUUCCAAGGACACUGAUCCUGCCGCGCGCCGUCCCCUAAAAUCCCUGCACCAAACCCAGCAACUGCAGGGAGGCUGUCACCAACUUCAGGAGGUGACCUGCUUUGAUCUAAAGAUCACGGUGGGUGAGAACGCACAGAACAGGGGCAGCGAAAGCGGGCCUUGGCAGGAGGAUGUUGGGGCCGGCAGCAACCUGUCUUCUGAACAGCCUGAACAUGGUCGGCAUCCAAAUCGCGUUGAAACAUAUGAGGGCUGUGAUUCGGAAAACCGACUGAGUGGGGCAGAGAAGACGGGUUCUUCUUGCACAAAGCUAGAGAAUCUCUGCCAUGGUCCCUACAAACCCCCUCUACCCCCAGUGGAAAAAACAGACUGGGACCUCAGUGGGGCCUGCUCCCACCAGUCCUGUGACAAGAAGAAUGACAGCAUCAUAGCAGACGACAUGGAGGACUGCGGCCGAGUACCUCAAACCAAAAGUGUUACGUCUAGUCAGAUGGACACUGGUCCCUUCUUGCUCCCAGAAUCAGUCCCUCUUCCCACCACCAGAACCUAUUCUACCGCUCUGGGGCAGGGAUCCUUCCUUCCAGCUGAGCCAUCUCUGCCCAGGUCAAAGGCAGAGACCGAACCCCAGUGAGGGACUUGCCUGGGCCCAAGUGGACUGCAGUGUGAUCAUCUGGGCAUCACAAAACCAGAAUGAGCUCUACAGACAAUCUCAAGCAGCAGCCUCUGCAGGACAGACUGUCUGCUAUGUUUUUUUUUUUUUCUUUUUUCUUUUUUUUUUUUAAUUACUGCAGUUACAGAAAUGAAUGUACCCUUAUUAUAAAUACAAGACUUAAAAGCUAAUGGAGUGAUUUACGUGAAAAACAAUUCAACAAAACUUUUUCAUGGAUUCAUGGUUUUUCUUCUUUGAAAUUAAUGUUUUAGAAGUGCAUAAGUUGGAGAGUGUUUAUCAGUACCGUGAUUUAUGUUUGGGGAGCUCAAAAUUUGGUAAGGGGAAAAAAAAAAAUCACAGUUUCUCCUUUUUUAUUGUAUAUCAUAUGAUUUGGAUGUGUGUCACAUGUCUUGGAUCAGUAUACAGUACCUCAAACUAAAAGCUCUCUGCUGUAAAGUACUCAUAAUUAGUUUCUGUACUGAAACAAAGGAAGGGAGUGCCUUCUUUCAGAGGAUGGGAAUAUCCCCGUCAAAGAUGUGUGCCAAAUGUCUAACAUCUGUUUUGUUAAACUGGAUAAUGUAACUAUAUUGUGUUAUUUUUAUAUUUAUAUGUAAAAAUCCCUUAUUUGCUGUGCAGUUUUAACUUAAUGUUGUGUAUACUGUUGCAAAAUGCAGUGUUUGGGUAUAUUUUUUCAAAUUCAGCAUUCUUUGUUGUGGCCCUAAGGUGCAGUGUUCUGAUUGCUUUGGGUGUUCAUAUUAUUUUGAAGAAACAAUGUUUCAGCAGGAGUGAAAGUGUUAUAUUGAUGUUUGAAGUAUAAAAUAUGCCGCCUAGUGUGGAAAGAUGUUUUAAAAUGCUUUCUUAGUUACAUUAUAUAGUUCAGAUGAAAGUAUUUUGUAUAUUCUAUUUAAAUGCAAUUAUGGUCACAUUGAUCUGCUUUAUUUAAAAAGCCAUGCAUUUCUUUCGCUUCAAGAUGUACAAUAUUAUGUAAAUCAGUACUGUAUAAAUAUCAAAGCGGACUCCAUUAUCUAUAGAUAAAUAAUACAGAUGAAUGCCUUCUGAUAUGCAGUCUUAUUAAGCAUUUUAGAGUGACGGAGCAGUAAUACCAGCCAUUUUUACAUAGCAAUGGAUGUAAAAAUAUACUGUUAGAAUUGCUUCCGCAACGUUGUAAGACCUACGGCAUAGAGGCGUUUGGUGCCAUUGUAGAAGACCAAUAAGUAGUUAUGUGACGGGCUUCAGGGCUAUGUUCACUUUGAUCACAGUAGACCAUAAACGGUGGAAAUACUGGGGCCAAUCGUUAAUAAUUUUACUCAGCAUGAUGGCAAAUGAGAACAUUGUCCAAGAAAACUAAUCUUAACCUUUUUCCUAGUAGACGAUACUGAUUUAUUUACCCAGUUCACCUCCAGUAGUCUUGCUUUGUGCAAGACCAUUCAGGAUACUAGUAGUUCUCUGACACAAGAGGUUCCGGAUCAUCGUUGCCAUAUAUACACAGCUGGCAUGGGACAUGCUGUAUGUGAAUCAGUACCCUACAGUUCUCUUGUGUAUCCGCAUGUUGCACCUGAAGUCUGCUAUCAAGAGGAAUUUUAUUUGUGGCUCUUUUCGACAAUCCACUGAAUACUAGAUAUGCUAUAUGCUUUGCUUGCUAUAUUUUUGUUUGAAGAAGAAGCUUUUAUUUGGAAAACAAGCACUGUGUUCUGAGAAAAUUCACAUGUAUUGUCUAGGCAGCCAAUGAUGCAGAAAUAAGCAUGUUUCCACAUAAAAUGCGAUCUGCGCAAAAAUAAAUAUGUAUUUGUAUACAAAUAUAGGCUACAUACUGUAUGUCUAUGAGACACUCAGCCAAAAUCAAUAUAAU